AUGGUUGGAUAUAAUCUCCGACACAAGAAGUGGCAAGAUCUCCAAGUAGACAUGGUCCAAGAUGUGUCAUGGAACAAGCAGGCUUUUGAGCAUCUCGUCAUCGAAGAUGACACAAAAGAUCUCGUGCAAGCCCUGAUCACCAGCAGACUCGAAUCCGAACAAAGCACAGACCUUAUUCAAGGCAAAGGCAAUGGUCUCAUCAUUCUGCUGCAUGGAGGCCCUGGCACUGGCAAAACCUUUACGGCAGAGAGCGUUGCAGAACUAGCAGAGAAACCUCUCUUCCGGGUCACUUGCGGAGAUAUCGGAACUAAGCCUGAGGACGUUGAGAAAUAUCUGGAGUCCGCUCUUCAUCUCGGAAAGAUAUGGGAUUGUGUAGUGCUGCUGGACGAAGCCGAUGUUUUCCUUGAGCAACGAACUCUGACUGAUCUUGAGCGUAAUGCUCUAGUAUCUGUCUUUCUACGUGUCCUCGAAUACUACGAAGGCAUCUUGAUCCUGACCUCUAAUCGGGUCGGCACGUUUGAUGAGGCCUUCAAGUCCCGCAUCCAGCUGUCUCUUCACUACGAGGCACUCAACAAGGGCCAGCGGCGGACGAUCUGGAAGAACUUUGUCGACCGUCUCAAAACGUUGGAGAAAGAAAGCAACAACGCUACUGCCCUCGGGCAGAGAAAGGGAAAGGGAAAAGAGCCGAAGGGAAUUGACUUUGAUGACAUUGCACGUCACUUUGGGGACUUGGCCGAGCAGGAGAUGAAUGGGAGACAGAUCCGAAACGCCAUCACAACUGCUCGACAGCUUGCAAGGUUCAAAGACGAACACAUGUCGUACAAGCAUCUACAGCAUGUCAUCAAGGUCUCAAAGCGCUUCGAUAAGUACUUGGAGAAGAUACAGGAUGGUCUUACCGAUGAUCAAAUAGCUCGUGGAGAUGGACUUCGAUAA